AUGGAGUCUCUUCUCAGGAGAAAAGGCACGAGUAUGAAUAGGCGUGGAUCUAUUUCCCAACUGUUACAUAUACAAAAACCCACAUUUUCACUACUCCAGGAACAACCGACUCGAUAUUAUGACUUGGUGGACUCCCACGGCUAUAAUGAGCCAUCAUCUCCUUCUACCCAUUGUCAAUACAUUAGCCCGGAGCUAGAGUCGGACAUCAGAUAUGCUUGCUCAUUACUUGUAUACCGAAUUGAACGUGGCGUGCCGUCACCGCCAGCCAACCAAUCAUCUAAUCCGUCGACACGUCUGGGAAGUGAGAAAAGAGACCAUUCUAGCGCCGCACAAGAAGGAACGGUACCGCAAAUUGAUUCGAAAUACUUUUCUCCAAAGGUUGGCGCCGAGGUCGCCGCCAUGAAAGAUAAGCUUGACUCGGGUGUUGGGUUAACCCAACAACCUAGCAGACAGACGAUGCGGUUAUUGAAGUCAUCUCACUCCGAUGCACGCUCCGACUCCGAUGAGCGCACAUCGGGAUCUCUGUGCAGUCAGGUAAGGAGCACCACCUCUGGCUCCGAUACCAGUAAUGCAGAAGAAUCAAAUAGCCAAUCACCAGUCAAGGAUUCCCCACAAGACGAAAAGCAAAACAUGAUGGGUAGUUCCAUAAGAGACGCUCAAACGAAAGACCAGGAUACGAUGUCAUUCCUUGCUGGCACAUGCAACUCAGGCCUAACUUCAAAUGAGGCAUUAGAGGACAUGGAAGUAUUCCUUAAUCCUGAUGUUGGCUUAGACUCGGACGGAAUUCCGAGCUUUACCUCACCUUCAACAUUCCUUGAUAGCACUUCGCCAAGCUUUGGAGUCUCUAGCGGCCUCACUCAAAGUGGACAGCCAGGACCAAUUACCCAGUCGAGGUUUCUCGGAGAUAGGCCAGGGACUAUGGCAGGACUGGACCGAUCACAAUCCGGGCAGAGUGAAAACGAGCCCGGAGUUAUCAUCGAUGGCAAUGGAGUCGCGCGUGUUCUAACAGCUGCCGAAGAGGCGCAGCGUAACCUCAAUCUGCAACAAGCGGUCAUGGCAAAGAUGAAAUCUAAUGUGGUUGAAUCCAGCACGAAUGCAUUGCCCCAGACACCGAAACAAGCCUUCCUGCACAAAAAUCCCCAGUCGGAGCACCAACCCAUCCCUUCCAGACUCGAAACGUCCUGCUCACACAAGAGCAAAGCAACUACGCCGAAUUGGAAGAGCCACACAGAAACAAUUUCACCCUCCAAUAAUAAGCCUACUCUUUUCCAAAAGAUUACCGGCCUUUUUAAAAAGCGAAGGGCCCCUGACCAAUGCAAACCAUGCUCUGGUGGAACAGCCCUUUAG